GAUUGUAGUAUUAUAGUUAUUCCAAGACUUCCUUUGGUCGAAGGCCCUGUGUGCCACUUCUUCCAUCUCCGCCAGUGCCGCACUUGGUUUCUUCUGCGGUUUUUCAUCUUCACUUUCAACCAAAGGGAGUACAACAACAACAAAAAAGCUCUGAUACUUCAUUUGAUUGGAUGUAUAGGAGCAUAUCAUUUUGGUGGAUGUACGCGUAAGCAAGAGAAACAUAAUUCUUUUAUAUUAGUGUGUGGCUCAAUUGAUAUGCUGAUAAAAAGUUAUCCUUCUGGUUGCAAAGAAACUUCUUUUGCAACCUCUUUCUCAUCUGAGAUCACGAAACGAGCUUCAUGCGACCAGGGUUCUGGUGCUGAAUUGUCAGAAAUGAGUCCAGAAAAAGAUAAAUAUCCUAUUGAUGUCUGUAUGGAAUCUGAUUCAAAGGAUGGUGAUCCUUGUUCCUUAAACAGUCUAGAUGGUCCACGACCUUCAACUUUCGGUGCCAUGCCUGGAAGUUUAAAGCCCAUAGUAUAUCGUAGGAAAAAGUUCAAACAGAACCCUCGUCCUACUUUCUUCAUUGAACCAUCAGCUGAAGUUAGGCCUAGCAAUGGAUGCCCUUCUGAGCUCUGUUCUGAAGUCCAUUCAGGAACUUUGAAGGAAGGCAUAGUUGCUGCUGAGAAAUUAGCUACAGCAACUCCUGUUCUUCUGCCUGCUGAGUGUAACAGAGGAAACCUUCUAUCUAAAUCAAAUUCUUGUGAUGGUAGACCUGAAGGGGAAGAGCAGUGCUCUGAAGCAGCAUCAAGAAGUGAUAUGCAAAGGACUUCAAAUGUUUGCAUAAAUGAUAGCCAUUCGUCAUCAAAGUGUAAUUUGGAUUUUGGGUCUUCUUCGUUGAAGACGCUUGUGGAUGAUGCUGGUGAGUGCUCCUCAUCUGGUGCUUUAUUACCUGAAAGAUUGGGUAAUAAUAUGCCAGAAAAGGAUGUAUGCACAGCAAUUCUUAGAGGUUAUGGGUUGCUUGAAAAUGUUGUGGUUACAAAACUCGGAGCAUCCACAGAAGACUUUUAUACCAGUUCUGACAACUGCUGUUUAAUCUCAUGCAAAGCCUGUGAUUGUUCAGAAUCUACAGUGAAGAUGCUAAUCUGUGAUAACUGUGCUGAUGCAUAUCAUUUAUCGUGCUGCAAACCCCAUAAAAAGAUAGCACCAGAGGAUGAGUGGUUUUGCCAAACUUGUUUGAUUAAGAAGCGGAGAUUGCUCAAGAAAUCAUCUUGUAAUGCGAGUUCUAGCAAUUCUCCAUCUGAAGGUGAAUCAGGACCUACAGCUCUCAUGUUGAAGGACACCGGUUAUAAAACUCGUGUUCGUAUUAGCAAAAAGUAUCAAGCUGAGAUUCCUGACUGGACAGGUCCAGCGACAGAUGACGCUGGUUGUAGUGGUGAACCAUUUGAAAUCACACCUUCAGAGAAUCUCUGCUUGCCUAAACAAUCUUCUAACGAACAUAUGAGGAUUAGCUCUAUUGGCAAUUGGCUUCAGUGCCGGCAGGUCAUCGAAGGUUUUGGGAAACGUGUGGAUGGAAGUAUCUGUGGGAAGUGGCGAAGGGCGCCGCUAUUUGAAGUUCAAACAGAUAAUUGGGAGUGCUUCCGUUCUGUCCUUUGGGAUCCAGCUCACGCCGAUUGUGCUGUACCUCAAGAACUAGAGACGGAGGAAGUUCUGAAGCAAUUGAAGUAUAUGGAGAUGUUGAAACACCGGCUGGUAGUUAAGAGGCGCAAAUUGAAUCAAACCUCAGGUGCUGGCUCACGGUUCUUGACAAAGAAAUGAGAAGAUACAGGCUUCAUGUACGGAAAUGUUCAUCUUGUACAUUUAAGCAUAAAAAUUUUGGACAAUUGGAGUAGUACUACAUGAGAUUUUCAUCACAGUAUUCUGAUGUAAUUGCUUCAGAAACAUAGUUGUACAAUUUAGAAGGUGCAAGGAAUCAGCUGCAAAGUCGACUUGAUCUUUCCUGGCUUCACUUCAUCACAGUACGCUGAUGUAAUUGCUUCAGAAACAUAAUUGUACAAUUUAGUAGGCGCAAGGAAUCAGCUGCAAACUCGACUUGAUCUUUCCUGGCUUCACUUCAUCUCUUAGUCCAUCUAUCUCUUCUCUUUUAUGUUUCGCAUUGUCAGGGCUGACAAAUUAACAUUUCACUUUCUUCGCCCUUAUGUCACAUUUCUGUAAUGCCUUGAUGAAUUUGUGAGGCCCUGGUUUAGUCAUUGCAGGAUAGAGAGCAGGUUGUGAGGAUAUGGGGAAUUUGUAGUCGUGAUGACUUUAUGUUAGUGCAUAUUUAUGUUUCUAUUUUUCUCUCUGGUAUAA